UCUGCAUCCAUUUCACAUGUUUUGCUUUUUCUCCACAGAUUCAAUGUGAUUCAUGCAUAACAUCCUUCGCCAUGCUCCUACAUGGUGUCUUUAAAAUCCUUCGUGGUAAUAAAACGCCAUUAUUUUCGCCACUGACACAGACAUAAACCUUGCCCCGAAGUUCUCCAUUAGUCGCAGGCCAAGAUUGGAAGAGGAUGGGUGAGGUCGACGCGUCACUGCCAUGAAUCAAGGGGGAUGGGACAGCGUUACCCUGUUGGCCUCUCGCAUCCAAUCAAGGCUGAGUCUGAGUGUGCACAGUGGAUGUGGAUGUGGAUGUGACUGACUCCCCACUUUCUCGUCUUGCCUGGGCGCAGAGGGCGGAGCUCUGCCGCUGCGUUUGACAGCUGCGAAACAGAAAAUGAAUAGCGCAUAAAACCCUCUGGGAAAGCAUGCCGCUCCAAGGCAACCACGCCAUCACAGGGAAUGAGAUGCAGCAUGGCUCUGUGUAGCGCGAGAGUGCCCUCGUAAAUCUGGGCCACUUGGGCAACUUCAGAAAAUAGAAAAUAUAAUAAGCUUUUAUUAUUGCAGCAGGUAUUGCUGGAACUCGUGGAGGGCAUGCACCGCGCGUUUUCCUUCCCGCUGACUGUGGAGCGCAGUCGGACCAAGGAGCGUCUGGAGGCGAGUCUGGCCGGACUGUGUGAGCUGGAGCUCCGCAAGCAGAGGCAGGAGUGUCUUGUGCUGGGAGCGCUGUCUCUGGGGGAGCCGCUGUCCCAGCACAGAUCCACGGGAGAUCUGGCGUGUUUCAGCAGCUGGGGACAGGAAAACUUGACACUCAGGCGCCAACUGAGUGCUCUUCAGAGUUCCCCAUGGGGCCUGAUGCAGGCACUGGAACAGCAGGUGGGAGAACUGAGGAUCGACACAGACGACGGAUGUUAUGAUGGAGCUCAAGGAGACACGGGCGACAGCCGGCCGAGCUCUGGUUUCUAUGAGUCAAGUGAGGGUCAGUCACCAAGAGGAAGAUCUUUCUCCACUGAGCCCGCAGAGACGGCCUCCUCCUGGAGUUACACCAAUGACAGGCCAAAGUCUGUGGGAGACCCUGUCAUGUUGAAUGGAGAGGUGGAUAUGCCAGUGGUGCACACCACUCUACCCCGUUCUUUCUCUGCCCCUUACCCACCUCUGGAGGGCAUCGCUGAGGAGGGCUCAGCAGUGGACUCCUGGCAGCUGGACUCCACCACAUACAACCAAGCCUGGCAGCCCAUAGAGGACCAGGUCACUGAGGAGGACUACCAGCAGGCUUUAAGAGUUGAGAACUACAUCCUGAGUCUCAUCCAGCGUUACACACUCUCACCGCGACCGUGUCAGCCUCGCACCACCCUGAGCCCUGACCUCCCAUAUUGCAGUACCUCUGGACACAACUCACUACACAGGAGAACCCCUUCUCUUACGACAGAGCAGCGUCUUCCUGACCUCCAGCUACACCGCCAUAUUGACCUUUCGGCAGACCCUAAGAGCCAGAGCUGGGGUUGUGACCAGCUAGAGGGGGAGGCCUGUGGAGGAGAGGCCCCAUCUUUGGAGGAGGACUGUUAUCUGGCUCUGCCCUACCCCCAGUCCAGGCCACACUCCCUGGCUGGGAGGCUACCAUCCCCUCUGCCCUCCCUGGACCCCAAAUGUGGUGUUGGGGCUCUUGACCUUUGUUGUGAACCCGCAUCCCCCCAGCAUUAUCUACAUCUUCAACCCCCUAUUCAUCACAAGCACAAUUUAGUAAGUGCUCAGUUUAUCCCUGGACAAGCCAGCCAUGCUCCUGUCCGCUCACCCAAACACUACAACCUUGAGCAGCCUAAACCCAGGCGAGCGGUUGUGUCUCCUGACCACCCCACCUCCAAGUCUAGAACCUCCAAAAAGAGCCACAACGAGCGACAGAAAUCCAAGAAAUCAAACAGUAAAACCAAUCGAUCCCAGUCAGAAAACAGUCUCCUGAGCCAGCGAGUGCUGCCUGAGCGCAGAUACAGCACCACAGAGAGGCACCAAGACAGAGAACAGAACCAAGGCCAGGUCGCCAGACCACAGGUUGGCAGCAACAGCCACAGUGUGUGUCAACGCUGGUGCUCCAACCUGGAGCUCAGCCAGGAUGAAGGGGAGACCCGUGCAGUGCAGGCACAUAGGCGACCAACUCGAAAAGCGCACCAUGGUCACUCAAAUCUCCAUUCCCAAACACAGGACCACCAUCAGCAGCAGCAGCCAACUGAACGCUGGCACUCUGACGUUCAGGAGAGAGCACCUCUCUGUCAGGGAGAGGAGGGCUACACCGGUCCUGCCCCCAUCGAGUCCGAGUCCAGCAUGAGUGAGGUGUAUUCCCCAGCCUCCAGCUCACUGUCCAGUGACUCAGAUGAGAGUGGGGGGCUGGUAUGGCCACAGCAGCUGCCACCUCGCUUUGUUUCGACCUCCUCCUCAUCCUCGCCUUCACCGCAGGCCACGGCCAACGCCCCCACUCAACCAAAAGCCUUUGUCAAGAUCAAGGCCUCUCAUGCUCUCAAGAAGAAGAUCCUCAGAUUCCGCUCAGGGUCCCUCAAAGUCAUGACCACUGUAUGAGGACAAGCCCAUAACCUUCACCACGGAGUUGAGCCAUUUUCACAGCAACGUUGUGGCUGUUACUUUCGGUCGCUAUCAAAAUAGAGUCUGUCUACUCUACCUACCUCCAUUUUCUGUGUCGUGAGAGACAUGAUUAAAGUCCUGCUGUCUGCAGGGAUGUCAUUUCUCUUGUACACAACAGCCAUCAUUAUUAUUAAUCUGCAUUAUUAGAUUAAUGCAGAUUAUCCUGCUUUAAUUAACUGAUAUGAUGCCCAGGUUCAUCACACUGACACUUAAUAUGUUGCCAAUUUUUUUUCUUUUUUUUCAUAUCGGUUAUUUUCAUCUAGAGUUGUAUGUUUUCAUACAACUCUAGCAUUUCUGGUUGAUUAAUUCCGUUUCAAUUCUUGCUAAACACCACUCACUCGCUCAUUGUCAACCGCUUUACACUCAUGAUGGUCGCCUGGAGCCAAUCCCGGGAAAGGAUGGGUUCACCUUGGACAGGUCGCCAGUGAUGGACUGGCGACAUGUCAGGGCCAACGUAUAGAGAUGCACAGCCAUUCCCUCUCACACUCACACCUACGGUCAGAGAACCUGGAGAAAGCCCACGUGCACACAGGGAGAACAUGCAAACUCCACACAGAAAGGCUGGGAUUCGAUCCGGUGAUCGGUGACCUUCUUGCUGUGCGGCAACAAUGCUAGCCACUACUCCACAAUGUAAAUAUGUAUGUUUUUUUUGUAUAUGCCGUCAUGUGGCCUUGUUUGGAAUGAAUGUAGUUUUUAAAUAAAGGCAAUGUCACUCUUAAUUUUAGAACAUCAA